AACAAAAUCUAUAUAUCAAUUAAGCUGUUUAGUGAUCAUGGCAACCCCCCUCCUUUCCACUCGUGCCUUCUGCACUCUCCCGGCUAAUUUCAAUAGCCCUUCUUCUGUCACGAGAUCAUCCACCACCACCACCACCAGCCGCCUUGUCCCGACUACUCUAGGGAGGAGGAGUUCAACUUGUCCUUCGGUUAUGGGAUAUUCUAUCACCAGUUCCCGUCCUGUCCUCACUGUGUGUUCUGCAACUCCCACUAACUUUGUUCCUGCAUCUGUAUGGAAGAAAGAAGUAAAACGUAGCGAUUUUCCAGAAGAUUUUAUGUUUGGAGCAGGAUCAGCUGCAUAUCAGGUUGAAGGUGCAGCAAGUGAAGGUGGCAGAGGCCCUAGUAUCUGGGACACUUUUACAGAUCGAUUCCCUGAAAAAAUUGCAGACGGUAGUAAUGGAAGUGUGGCCAACGACUCCUAUAAUCGAUACAAGGAAGACGUGCAUAUAAUGAAGAAUAUGGGUCUCAAUGCCUACAGAAUAUCAAUUUCAUGGUCUAGAAUAUUGCCGACUGGAAAACUAAGUGGUGGAGUCAACCGGGAAGGAAUCGACUACUACAAUAAUCUCAUAAAUGAACUCUUAGAAAACGGUAUAACACCUUUUGUGACUCUAUUCCACUGGGAUCUUCCUCAGGCCUUAGACGAUGAGUAUGGAGGUUUCCUUAGUGAAAACAUUGUGAAUGAUUUUCGUGACUAUGCAAACCUUUGCUUUUGGGAAUUUGGUGAUCGGGUAAAGAAUUGGAUCACGCUUAAUGAACCAUGGACCUACUCUUUUUAUGGACAUCACAAGUGUGCACACCCACCGGGUGGAUAUUAUCCAUGGAAUUCCAAGAGUCAAUUGAACAUGUACGACGUGACGCAUAACCUUCUUCUUGCUCAUGCAAAUGCAGCAGAUUUGUAUAAGAAGAAUUAUCAGAAAGUUCAAAAUGGCAAGAUCGGGAUGGUGAAUGUGAUACGCUGGUUUAAGACUGCUGAAGGUCACGAAGAUGCUGGGGAGAGAGAAACCGAUUUCAUGUUAGGAUGGUUUAUGAAUCCAUUGACAACAGGGGAAUAUCCAAAGAGCAUGAGAGAUAGAGUGAAAGAUCUUCCACAUUUCAGUAAGAAUGAGCAAAAGUUGCUAAAAAAUUCAUGCGAUUUCAUCGGAUUGAACUACUAUACAGCAUAUUAUGCACUCGACAAAGAUAAAUAUCAAGAAUCUGAUUAUCAUGGUGCUGAAAAUUCACCUGAUUAUGAAAAACCAUUUGUUUUGCAUCCGUUCUCUGAUGUUUUACUUACAGAUCGGUGGAAUGGUCAAGCAAUUGGUGAAAAGGCUAGUUCAUGGCUUUAUGUCUGCCCAGAAGGGCUUGGACAUGUUUUGCUAAAUCUUAAGAAAAAGUACGAUACUAAGCUUAUUUACGUUACGGAGAAUGGGAUCUGCGACAAGUAUGAUGUAAAAGGCACAAAUCUUUCAGAAGUCUGCAAUGAUGAGAGGAGGAAAAAGUACAUCCAAGAUCAUCUUCUUCAGGUUAAAGAAGCAAGAAACGCUAAUGUUAAUGUAAUGGGGUACUUUGUUUGGUCUCUCAUGGAUAAUUUUGAAUGGGCUGAUGGUUACCUUACCCGUUUCGGUCUCAUUCAUGUGGAUUACAAGAAUAAUUUAGCCAGACAUCCAAAAGACUCAGCUCUGUGGUAUAUGAAUUUUCUUAAGGGAGGGUCUCCGAUAACUACAUUACCAGUGGAACCUCGAGGGUCUUUUGUAACUACAUUACCAGUGAAGGCAGCGAAAGAGUCUCCGAUCCUUUACAGUACCAACGGAAUUCUGUCAGAGCCGAUAGAGCUUCCGAGCUAGGCCUUCAAUAAAGGGACAUCAAACUCCAAUGCCAAUAAUCUUUGAACUCUCUAUCUCAUUUUUCUAUAAAAUAAAAGUGAUCAUCUCCACUUUUUUGCCGAAAAAAAAAUAUAUAUUUCUUUCCUUUCUGUUGAUUGAUGACAUGUUUGUGUCAUAUAUAUGUGUGUGUUUAAACUCAAGCUAGCAGUCCUUUUGCUUGAUCAAUAUUUGUGAGGGUUUGUAAGUUUGGGGAGGGCUACCUCCUGCUGUGUAGCCCAUUAUCGUCAUUUCAUUUAUCAAUAUUUG